GUCCAACCGAAUACAGUGUUUCUCCGAGGCUCCUGCUACGGUUUGUUACCGACAAAAUACGUUACACUUUCAACUGGCUAUGAAAAUAGAUAAUUCUCUUAACUUUUAGUUAAUUGUGUAGCGAAAUAAUCACUUAAACGUGUUGUUAUUUUAGAAACAGUAAGGUUACGGUGUCUUGCGGCUCCUUCUCGUCGGUUUUCUCUGCGGGAGAGAAGAAGCUUCUUCAUUUGUUGUGAACAUUGUAACGCUGUUUACUUUCGGUAUUUUGGGGUUAAGUACUGACCUUAAACUAUUCAGUAAGUUAGAUAAAAGGUUUAUUUGUGUGUACAUCCACUUUGGUUAAAGUGUUUGUAGUUAACUAUAACUUCACUUGUGUUGACACAGAGGAAAGUUUGUCAAGUUGAUGGUCUGCAGUAGAACCUGAGGUAGCGGGCCUAACCGUAGCCCAUCAUCAUGACCGAGAGUUUCAGCAACAUCGAGGAUGAGGCAUUCCCCAGUUUCCUGUCUAGCUCUGUGGGCAGCAGCCGUGCCACCCUGGGGAACAUCACCCUGGCCUCCACCCUGGGGCUGCCCGUAGCUGCCUCCACCGUGGCUAAAAUUAGAGCUGGGGCCGACAACAGAGUAAAUGCUGUCCAGGCGUCAUAUCUGGAGGACGGACGGCUCUCUCUGGCUAACUCUCAGUCCAACAACAAGGAACAGGGACAAUUUGCCCUCAGCUUCAAAGAUGAGCUAGAUGAUGCAGAUGACUUCAUAGCAGCCCACCGGUUCUCAGACAUGCUGGUGAAGGUGAAUCUGGACGAGACAGAGCCCAGGACUAGAGCCUCCUCCCUCGGCCCCAACACCCAGACUGAACCUCUCCCUGGAAGACACUCUGACCAUGGAGACGAUCUCUCUACGGGGCGGCUGGCCUUCACCAACCUGGUUAAUAGGGACUUUAUGGAUCUAAAGGUCCGAUCCCUCCCAGGCACCGUGGACGACCAGAGUCUGGCCAGUGACGGAGCCGACAGCGACCGCUUCAGUGGGAGUGUCUCCAGCUUCCUGGCCAAUGAGAAGCUCAUGUCUGUGGACAGCAUGAACAGUGAUGUCACAGAUGACGAUGUCGACGUGAACGACCUGCAGGAUGAAGAUCUGGACCUGUACUUAAACCAGCUGGUGAACCCUGCCAUGCAGAGAGGACGGGUGGAGGGACAGGAGAUACCUGAUGCUAACCAGCCAGCCAACCAAGACUAUUCAUCUCAGCCCGGUUCUACAGAACCACAGAAGAACAGAUACCAGUUCCUGGAUGACUAUGAUCAGGGUUUCCAGAUGCCUGACGUACGGCUCGCUGCUACAGGGAUGGACUCGUGUCCCGGCAGUGAUGAGGAGGACACUGAGGAUGAGCUGGAGGCAGCUAGAAGACACACUUCUACCAGACACAGACUCCUGCUGUCCAGCACCUCCCGACAGCUGGUGGGGGAGAGCUACCGUCCCAGCUUCAGACCUGGGCUGGAGGGAGGCAGCUCUGACGAAGAAGUUUACUCUGGUCGUAACCCUCUACCUGGGUUAGAACACAGAUACUCUGCAGAGGGCCAAGUCAUCAACACUGUAACAGGAGGAGGAGGAGACGGAAGCAGUGGGAGUGAGGAGGGAGGGAACGAUGGCGUGUCCACUCUACCCUCCUCCUCCUCGGCCCAGACCACCUACGAUGUGCUGCGGGGGCUGGGGAUCCUGGGGGCCAGCGUGCCAGGAGAGAAUGCCCAGGACCCUCACUCUCUACUGGGGCUGAGCCGGGGCAGCCUGAUGGGGGACCGUGUGGGGCCGGUGGGGACUGGAGAGACCAGCGCUGGGCCCCAGAGGAUGUCCCCUGUCAACUGGAGUAUGGCCUUAGACAGACAGGAGGCGCUGGAUGCCAUGGACAGUAUAGAGUCUACGGUGGCAGGGGAGGGUCAAGGUGUCUUGGAUUCUAUAUAUCUGAGGACUGGUGCUGGACACUGGAGACCCCAGGACAUGACCUCUCACCUCCAGACCACACAGAGCAGCUUCCACCUCUCUCAGGUGCUUCCUUCGCUUAGUGAUGAGGAGGAGGGGAGGGGGAGGCCUGCUGCCCUGGGGCCAAGAGGAGGUCCAUGUGGGGACUCCUCUGCACCUCCUGGUCCUCCUGGCCUGUCAGACAUGAGUCAGGGUGAGAAGGAUCUCCUCUACAUCUCUCUGGAAGCGAAGUACCUCUCUCAGAGCUUCCAACAGGAGGACUCCUCUCACUCUGACAGCGACUGGAACCACUGUCCUGAUAACCUGGACUUCCAACCGGCCUCUCACAGUGUGGUCUACCAGAACGAGGAGGGGAAGUGGGUGACUGAUCUGGCUUACUACUCGUCCUUUGAGAAGGAGGUGGAUGGAAACCAGCUGCCGGAGGUAGCAGACCAGUUCCAGGCUGAGGACUUCGUUCCAGGCAGUAACGCCAUAGAGAAGAUCAUAGAAGACCAGAAGGAGUUUGAGAAGGAGAACCAGUUCAUGCAAGAGGAGGUGAUGGAGCCUGCCUCCACCAGUCCAGGUCUCCUAUCUGACACUUCCUGGAGACUCCCAGCCAGCAGCCACAUCCUGAUGCGGGCCAGCCAGGUGUCCCAGGAGCUGGACAGAGGGAACCAGAGCUACCUCCGUCUGUCUCUAGGGACCUUCUUCCAGCAGCGCUCUGAGGCCCUGGGCUGUCUAGGGGAGGACCGGGAGGACGAUACAGUCAAACGGCCGUCGUUUGGUUACGUCAUCACCUCUCCAGAGAAGAGGGAACCGUUUCCUCUGAUUCAACCAUCAGACUUCCUCUCUCAGGACAGCUCGGUCCACAACGACACCCUCACACACACUGACCACGACCAAACCAUGAACACGGAGGACUUGGACAAGACUGUGGAGGCAGAUCCAGACAGGGUAUCACCUACAGGAGAUGACGAGCCAGAGCCUUGUGAAUCAGCCUCUUCCCCCCUCCCUGAGGCCCUGCUCUCCCCCAGCCAGACCCUUCCCUCAGCCUCCCCCGGCAGCCUGGGCCCCAGCCCCGGCACAGACCAAUCUAACCUCAUGUUGUCUAUCAGCACCAUUGCCUCGGCCAUCGCAGAUGCCUCCAUCUCCUCCGAGCCCUCCCAGCUGGCUGCCAUGAUCAUGGAGCUGUCAAUGAGGAGUAGGGUACAGAGGCAACACCAGAAAGGUGUGUCGAGUCCACCGCCAGCCUCUGUCCUGGAAGAGCAAACACCCAGCCCUAACCAGGUUCAACUGGACCAGCCCAGCCCUAACCAGGUUCAACUGGACCAGAGAAUCCUGCUGGAGACUCUACAGAGGAGCCAGUGUGCCGGGGACCUGCUGGAGACUCUACAGAGGAGCCAGAGUGCCGGGGACCUGAGUGCCUUCGACAUUGAAAAGUACCUGAAGCAGACCGAGGUAUCCACCAGCAGCGACAGCGACCAGUCAGGCUCCUCCCACUACACUUUUGACUUCCUCAGCUGGGCCGACAGCCUCAACUCCUCCCACAGGAAGUCCCAGGCUGCAUCACUUGUUGUUACUGUGGAGAACGAGAGCUCGGUUUAUCAACACCAGGCUACCAAAUACCAGGCUAGCACCAAGGGAGAUAUCUCCUCUGGCGUAGAGGCUAAGGCAGGUUUGACACAAGGUUACCCUGCUGCUAUGACCCGUCCAGUCUCUGCUGGGCUACAUCCAGGUUCUGGUCAGAGUGGAGUAGGCCCAGCUAACAAGACGGAGGCGAGGAGGAGUUCCAUCCCCCGUCCCAGGGCCAGUUCCAUCCCUACAGCCUCUGGUAAACCAGGGAGGAAGUCUGUGGGCUCUGGUCAGUUCUCCUCAACCACCAUCUCCCCAGCCAAACCAGCUGCUAACAGGAAGGCUGUAGGGAAUAACAGUGAGCCCCAGCCAGCUGGUGUACUGAGCAGGAGCAACACAGAGAGUGGUGGGCCUGAACUAGGAGUAGUCCGUCCAACACCCAACAACACCCCAGCCCAGAAGGUAGAGGACCCCUCCACAUCUCCUGCCCCAGGCCCUAAGACCUCCCCUGGUCUGAGGAAGGGUCUGUCAGGGCCGCUGUCCCUCAGAGACAUCACAUCCCCCUCCCAGAGAACCAGGAGGAGCACAGUGAAGACCCACGCUACAGGGAGCAGUACAACACAGCAGGAGAAACCCAGUGGCCUGGAGAAGAGUGUUGGAGAAGCUCCUCCCAACACUGUGGCCAAACAUGUUGGUUUUACUUCCUCGUGUCACAGCCCCCAGCCUGCUGCUGCACACAGGACGUACGAUGUGUCUCCAGGUACUCCUGUGCAUCAUGCCGGAGGACCAGAGCAGAACCAGUGCACCUUCAGACCCUCCACCUCUCCUCUCACCCACUCCUCCCCCUCACAGACCUCCUUUCCCAGCCAAGAAGGGACUGUGUCGCCCCCCUCCCCCAGUGUAGGGGACAGGAGACGUCCCAGUGAUCUCACUCCUCCCCAGUCUGAGUGGAGCUGUUCCAGUCCCAGCCUCAGCAGACUGACAUACAUCUCUCUGAAUGACAGCACGGCUCUCAACACAACCGGCGUCCCAACUCCUGACAGACACAAGAGUCAUGGCACCAUGUCUCUGAGCACCACUAUCAUCAGGGCCAGUCCCACCCCGCCAGUAGAAGGGGCUGAUACCCAGAGUCCUACAGGUCAGGAGCUACCUCCUCACCGCUCUACAGACGUCCUCUGUCCUCCUAGACAGUCCAAGAGCCCAGAGUCUCUUCACCACUCAAACGGUCCUCGUAGUGGCUCGGUAGACCUGCGGAGUGGUUCAGGUCUGGGCUUCACACGCAGCCAGAGUGAGUGUAACUAUCACUGUGGGAACAAUAGAGACUACAACCAGCAGAAACGCCACUCCGAACCCAACUCACACCUUCUCACCAAGUUGGAUUCUGGCUACUCCAGCAACCUGAACAUCCAGCAGCCCAGCGGUUUGGGGGGCCAAGGGAACCAGCAGUGGUCUGGAGUCUCAGCCCAGGGGAGUGAGGGCUAUCCUGGGGCCAGGACGGUCUUCGGCUUGCCUUCCUCCGAGGACCUGUGCUACAUGCCCAUCUCCAGCUUCAAGCCCCAGGGCUCCAUGGUGGACCUGCCUCCAGGGGUCCCUAGCCUCCUGACGGGGCGCUCCCUCUUCAGUUCCCAGCUGGCACAGCAGAACCUGGGCUCAGAUGGAGCUCUUCACCCUGGUCUCCCUCUGCCUGCUCCCUACCACCACAUGGCAGCAGCAGGAAACGGCCUGUAUGGUCAUGCUAUGUCCUCACGGUUAGGACCCAACGUUGACCCCUCAGUCAGACACCUCCACAGCUCUGGGGGUCUGGGUGUCUCUGGGCCAGGUGGACCAGGAGGUCCCGGGGGUCUGUACCACUGCUCUAACCCCCACCUCAAACCCUUGGACCCAGGACUGAUGGAGGGGAACCCCUACAACCAGCACUGUGUAGCCUCGUGGUCUGACGGCAGCCUUCCUGAACCCACAGCCCAGGUCGUGAUCCCUGAGGAGCUGAGGUUCCCCCAUGCCUGCUGUGUGGGCAUCUCCUCUCAGACCUCACUGGGCAUCUUCAAUCCCUCCGAGCGCUGGCAGCAGGUCUCCAUCACCGUCACCAGUCUGGCCAUCAACGGAGAGAAGGUUGAUUCAUUCCCGUACCAGUGGCUGAUAGUGAAGAACAAGACCAUCAUUGGCCCUAAGAGCACGGAGGAGCAGAAGGUGUUGUUCAUCCCACCUCAGGCCGGGGUGUACCAAGCUGUCCUCAGUGUCUCCUCCUGGCCUGCCUCCGCUGAGGCCCAGGCUGUCGCCCGCGCCGAGGUGUUCGCCAAGAGGGUGGUCCUCGUCGCCAUGGCAGAGAACCCUGCUCUGGAGGUGGAUGUAGGGAAGUGUGGCAGUCUGGACUUCGGAGACCUGGCAGGUGGCAGUGCCAAAGCUCUCCCUCUGAAGCUGCUGAACAGGACUCAGGCCACCGUACCUAUUAGACUGGUUAUCAGUGCUAACGCCACGGCCUGGCGCUGCUUCACCUUCUCCAAGAGUCCCGUUGCCAUGACAGCUGAGGGCUUGCUGCAGGCGGGGACUCUGACAUCACUGGCCGCUCCGUCCGUCAUGAACCACGUGAUGCACGCCAGCUACGGAGAGAAUGCAGAGAGCUUCAUGGUUUGGGUCCACUUCCACGCUCCACAGAAGUACCAGUCCUGUUCAGGUGAUCUAGGUCCAGCGGAUGAGUACAGUGCGCGGGUGGACAUCGAGGUGGACUGUCCAGGCCCCAGUCAUGUGAUCAGGAGUGUCCCUCUCAGAGCCAGAUCUGGAACAGCCAGAGUACACGCCCCUAAAGACCUGCAGAAUGUUAACCUCUCGGCAGCGUUGGGUGAGUCCAGCACGCAAACUCUGCCUCUGAAGAAUGCAGGGAACAUUGAUGUUCAGCUGAAACUUAAGAACAGCGGUGGUGAUGGCUGUUUCUCUGUGAGUCCUGUUGACCUGUGUCUGCGUGCCGGGGAGGAGCAAGGCAUUGUGGUCUCGUUCACCUCUCAGGGCGGCAGGAAGAACCGAGAGAGUGUUCUGACCAUCCUGGUGCUGCCGUCUGGUCCUCAGUAUGAGGUGGUUCUGAAGGGACAGGUGGUACCAGAGGAGGGGGUGAACCCUGCUGCCCCUGGUCCUGUCUCUGCCCUGGGCAUGCUGCCCCACAGUGAGGUGCCCCCCAUCCUCUCCAACAAGCAGUUUGUGGCCUGGGGAGGGGUCACGCUGGGCAGGGCUGUACAACAGAAGCUGGUUCUUCGUAAUAACUCCCCCAACACAACACAUCACCUGCGUCUGCUGAUCCGAGGACAAGACCACAGCUGUUUCCAGCUCCAGAGUAGUUUUGGACAGGAGGAGAGGUUGACCCGACACAGAGAGCUGUCUAUCCGGCCCAGGGAGGAUGUUGUUGUCCACCUGCUGUUUGCCCCAACCCGGGUGGCCUGCACCCUGUCCAAGCUGGAGAUCAAACAGUCUGGAGUACGGCCCUCACAGCCUGGCAUCAAGUUCACUAUCCCCCUAUCAGGCUAUGGAGGGACCAGCAACAUUAUUCUGGAAGACCACAGGAAGCUAUCAGACGGCUACGUGGCUAUGCUAAUGGGGGUGGCAGCAGGCCAGGUCUCCAAGCUGUGUGUCUGUGUGAGAAACACUGGGUGCAGGGCUGCCUUCAUUAAGGCUGUUCCCUACUCUGACCUACACACACGCUCUGUCAUGGACUCCUCGGACAUCAGCCUCUCUCCGUCUCAGUUCGUCCUGAAGGAGAGGACACAGGAGGUGAUCACGGUUCUGAUGAAGGUGACCCAGAGAGAGCAGACUCUGUGUCAGUCAGCUAAUGCCGUCCUGGCCACAGUCUGUCUCUUCUGUGGAGACGAGGUCUCACGACAACAGUUCAGGAGGUUGCUGCUGUCGAAGCCUGAUGCAGGCAGGAAGAUUCUGUCAGAGAACAGUCUGCUGAAAGGACUCAACUUCAACGAGAGGUUCCUGGGGGAGGAACAGGUCCUGGAGGCCUACGACCUGCCCCAGAGCCCCAACCAGGCCCAGUUGUUCUAUGGGAACCUGAGUAAGGUGGUGUUGUCAGUGCUGGGCAGCACAGAGACCUUGGACUCUGGAAGGACUGACCCCCAUGUCCAGCCCCUCCUAGCUGUCACCAGGAGAGGCUCGGAGGCUGACAGUGGUUUUGGGAACUCAGACCGUCACAUCAGCAACGUGUCUCUGGAUGUACUGCCUGUGAAGGGUCCUCAAGGCCCCGCCUUACCCAGGACAGAGGCCUCUGGGACAGGGACAGAACCAGGGGACCACAGGGACUCCUGGAGCCUCCAGCCUGAACAGCUGGUCCUCACCUCUCCCACUAUCAACGGAGCCCCCAACACCAGACAUGUCCUGAUCCAGAACCACUCAUCCAGAGAGCUGAGCUUUGAGUUGUCCUGGCCAGCCCACUGUCUCACUGUUACCCCUCAACAUGGAGUUAUAGAACCACAGUGCCACCUCCAGAUCCUCAUCAGUCCUAAUCCGUCCCUAGCAACCAGGACAUCCAUGUUUCCAUGGAGUGGCCAAAUCUAUGUCCAGUGUGACGAUCAACAGAAGUUCAUCAAAGUCCAGAUCCGUCAGGACCUGGCUCUGGAUGUAUCAACGGCCCCAGCAGACCGGAGCCUAGCCCCCCUUCCUCCUCAGACUGCUAGCCCCAUGCCCACCGCCAUGCUGCCCCCUGCAGGCCAACCCCCCCUGACCAGGACAGCUCCAGCCACGGUAGAGAUCAGUAACCGUACCAUCGUGUUUCCUGCCACGCCCUCAGGAGAAACCUCAGAGUCCUCUGUGGAGGUGGAGAACAGAGGAGAACAGGUGAGGUGGUACCUGUCUUCCUUCGCCCCUCCCUAUGUAAAGGGGGUGGACAGCAGUGGGGAUGUGUACCGGGCCACCUACACAGCCUUCAGAUGUCCCAGAGUCUCUGGAACCCUGGGAGCAUACCACAAGAUGCAGGUGCCCAUCACCUUCCUGCCCAGGGACCGAGGGGACUAUGCUCAGUUCUGGGACCUGGAGUGUCACCCAGUGGCUGAGCCUCAGCACAAGACCAGGAUACGCUUCCAGCUCUGUGGCACUGGUGUGAAGGUUGGUCCAGCGGUGGCUCCUCAGGAAGCAGACUGUUCUCUGGUGAAGACUGAAGCCUUUAAGACCAGGAGAAGACCUGACCCGGUUGCUGAUGGGGGCAUGACUGGUCAGGAGGAGGCUCUGUGUAGGGGGGUAUACGCCCCCCAGGACCACUACUCAUUCCCCCCUACCAGGGUAGGGGAGACCAGCACACUGAAGGUCAACAUGAGAAACAACUCCUUGGAAACGCAUGCGCUGAUGUUCCUAACCCCUAAAGAGCCCUUCCACAUCAAGCAUUCCAAAUAUUCCCUAAGAUCCCAACGCUACAUCCACCUGCCAGUCCAGUUCAAACCGGUUGUAACUGGCAACCACUCCAGCCUGCUGUUGGUUCAGACGGAUACCAGUGGAAACAUCGCUAUCCAGCUGACUGGUGAGGCCCUGCCCUGACUGGCCAAGAGGACUGCUGGUCUGGGUCAGUGAGAACUGCUGGUCUGGGUCAGUGAGAACUGCUGGUCUGGGUCAGUGAGAACUGCUGGUCUGGGUCAGUGAGGACUGCUGGUCUGGGUCAGUGAGGACUGCUGGUCUGGGUCAGUGAGGACUGCUGGUCUGGGUCAGUGAGGACUGCUGGUCUGGGUCAGUGAGGACUGCUGGUCUGGGUCAGUGAGGACUGCUGGUCUGGGUCAGGGAGGACUGCUGGUCUGGGUCAGGGAGGACUGCUGGUCUGGGUCAGUGAGGACUGCUGGUCUGGGUCAGGGAGGACUGCUGGUCUGGGUCAGUGAGGACUGCUGGUCUGGGUCAGGGAGGACUGCUGGUCUGGGUCAGGGAGGACUGCUGGUCUGGGUCAGUGAGGACUGCUGGUCUGGGUCAGUGAGGACUGCUGGUCUGGGUCAGUGAGGACUGCUGGUCUGGGUCAGUGAGGACUGCUGGUCUGGGUCAGUGAGGACUGCUGGUCUGGGUCAGUGAGGACUGCUGGUCUGGGUCAGUGAGGACUGCUGGUCUGGGUCAGUGAGGACUGCUGGUCUGGGUCAGGGAGGACUGCUGGUCUGGGUCAGGGAGGACUGCUGGUCUGGGUCACUGCAUCUGUAGUGUGGCCCGUACUGGAGCACUGCAUCUGUAGUGUGGCCCGUACUGGAGCACUGCUGAAGGUCAUAUGGAAGAAUGAACUAUGAAGCCUUUGUCCAAUAUGGCACCCUAAUCCCUAGAUAGUGCACUGCUUCGGGCCUGGCAACGUCCCAACGUCUCAUUGGUUCCACUCCUGGCAACGUCCCAACGUCUCAUUGGUUCCACUCCUGGCAACGUUCCAACGUCUCAUUGGUUCCACUCCUGGCAACGUCCCAACGUCUCAUUGGUUCCACUCCUGGCAACGUCCCAACGUCUCAUUGGUUCCACUCCUGGCAGCGUCCCAACGUCUCAUUGGUUCCACUCCUGGCAGCGUCCCAACGUCUCAUUGGUUCCACUCCUGGCAACGUCCCAACGUCUCAUUCAUAUAUCCCAUCCUCUGGGGGUCUGCAUGGAUCAGACUACAGCUCUAUAUCCUAUCCUCUGGGGGUCUGUGUAGAGCAGACUACAACUCUAUAUCCUACCCUCUGGGGGUCUGCAUGGAGCAGACUACAACUCUAUAUCCUACCCUCUGGGGGUCUGCAUGGAGCUAGCAGACGACAACUCUAUAUCCUAUCCUCUGGGGGUCUGUGUAGAGCAGACUACAGCUCUAUGUCCUAUCCUCUGGGGGUCUGCGUAGAGCUAGCAGACUACAGCUCUAUAUCCUCUGGGGGUCUGCAUGGAGCAGACUACAGCUCUAUAUCCUAUCCUCUGGGGGUCUGCAUAGAGCUAGCAGACUACAGCUCUAUAUCCUAUCCUCUGGGGGUCUGCAUAGAGCUAGCAGACUACAGCUCUAUAUCCUAUCCUCUGGGGGUCUGCAUGGAGCUAGCAGACUACAGCUCUAUAGCCUAUCCUCUGGGGGUCUGCAUGGAGCAGACUACAGCUCUAUAUCCUAUCCCUGGGGGUCUGCAUAGAGCAGACUACAGCUCUAUAUCCUAUCCUCUGGAGGUCUGCGUAGAGCUAGCAGACUACAGCUCUAUAUAUCCUAUCCUCUGGGGGUCUGCAUGGAGCAGACUACAGCUCUAUAUCCUAUCCUCUGGAGGUCUGCGUAGAGCUAGCAGACUACAGCUCUAUAUAUCCUAUCCUCUUGGGGUCUGUGUAGAGCAGACUACAGCUCUAUAUCCUAUCCUCUGGAGGUCUGCGUAGAGCUAGCAGACUACAGCUCUAUAUUUACCUAUCCUCUGGGGGUCUGCAUGGAGCAGACUACAGCUCUAUAUAUCCUACCCUCUUGGGGUCUGUGUAGAGCAGACUACAGCUCUAUAUCCUAUCCUCUGGAGGUCUGCGUAGAGCUAGCAGACUACAGCUCUAUAUUUACCUAUCCUCUGGGGGUCUGCAUGGCGCAGACUACAGCUCUAUAUCCUAUCCUCUGGAGGUCUGCGUAGAGCUAGCAGACUACAGCUCUAUAUUUACCUAUCCUCUGGGGGUCUGCAUGGAGCAGACUACAGCUCUAUAUCCUAUCCUCUGGGGGUCUGCGUAGAGCAGACUACAGCUCUAUAUCCUAUCCUCUGGAGGUCUGCGUAGAGCUAGCAGACUAGAAACAUUUGACUGAAUUUGAUGCCCAGUACAACUUGAAGAGAGUUGGCAUGGCUGAUGUCAUGUGACAGGGUUUACAUGGGGUUUUGGUCCGUGGACCUACUGAUGAACUCAGAGUAACCUCAGUGCUGGGCCAGGAGGAGGUUUUCCACCAUCAACUUGUUCCCUACUUUGGUUUUCUAUUAGAAAUGGCACACGCUUUAAAAAAAAGCACAUGGUUUAUAUUUUAUGUUAUUGUGAUUUUAAAUGAACUUGAUAAAAUAAAGAUUUGUCAAACA